AUGUUUCUGAUUUUGUCCUUAGAUCCUUGCCAUUUACUGAGCCCGCCAUGUUUUACUGAGGAGGAUAAAUACAGUCUCGAAGCGCUGCGCACAAUUCACAAACAAGUGGAUGAUGACAAAGAUGGCGGUAUUGAGGUAGAGGAAAGUGAUGAGUUUAUUAGAGAAGAUAUGAAAUACAAGGAUGCCUCCAAUAAACACAGCCACUUGCACAGAGAAGACAAGCACAUCACCAUUGAAGAUCUGUGGAAACGCUGGAAAACGUCUGAAGUUCACAAUUGGACGCAAGAAGAGACACUUGAGUGGCUGGUGGACUUUGUUGAGCUUCCUCAGUACGAGAAGAACUUCAGAGAAAGUCAUGUCAAAGGAACGACAUUGCCUAGGAUAGCGGUCAAUGAACCUUCAUUUAUGAUCUCUCAGUUGAAAAUCAUUGAUCGGAGCCACAGGCAGAAGCUUCAGCUGAAGGCCCUGGAUGUUGUUUUGUUUGGACCUCUUACACGGCCACCUCAUAACUGGAUGAAAGAUUUCAUACUUACAAUUUCAAUUGUGAUUGGUGUGGGAGGCUGCUGGUUUGCAUAUACUCAGAACAAGACCUCCAAAGAGCAUAUCACAAAAAUGAUGAAAGAUUUGGAAAGCCUUCAGACAGCCGAGCAGAGCCUGUGUGAAUUGCAAGAGAGGCUUGAAAAAGCACAGGAGGAGAACCGGACUGUCGCUGUAGAAAAGCAAAACCUGGAGCGCAAGAUGAUGGAUGAAAUUAGCGAUGCAAAACGAGAAGCCUGUCGGCUGAGAGAGUUGAGAGAAGGAGCCGAAUGUGAACUCAGCAGGCUUAAGUAUGCAGAAGAGGAGCUGGUUCAGGUCCGUAUGGCUUUAAAAAAGGCCGAGAAAGAGUUUGAACUGAGAAGUAAUUGGUCUGUCCCUGAUGCACUGCAGAAGUGGCUCCAGCUGACACACGAAGUCGAAGUCCAGUACUACAACAUUAAGAGGCAGAAUGCAGAAAUGCAGUUAGCUAUUGCCAAGGAAGAGGCAGAAAAGAUUAAAAAGAAGAGAAGCACUGUCUUCGGGACAUUACAUGUCGCACACAGCUCUUCCCUCGAUGAAGUGGACCACAAGAUUCUGGAAGCAAAGAAAGCGCUUUCUGAGUUAACCACUUGCUUGAGAGAGCGUCUCUACAGAUGGCAGCAGAUUGAGAAGAUCUGUGGCUUCCAGAUAGCGCACAACUCAGGACUACCGAGUCUGACUUCCUCACUUUACUCUGAUCACAGUUGGGUGGUAAUGCCGCGAGUCUCCAUUCCACCAUAUCCAAUUGCGGGUGGUGUGGAUGACCUUGACGAAGAUACUCCUCCAAUCGUCUCUCAGUUUCACGGGGCCAUUGUGAAACCUGCCACCUUAGUGAGAAGCAGUAGCAUGUGCCGCUCCAGGCGAAACAUCGUGCCGUCAUCUCCGCAGUUGCCACACUUGGCACAAACACCGCACACCCCGCUCACACAAGCUACUUUGCACUCACCAGACCCCGACAUCCUCUCCGUGUCCAGUUGCCCCGCUGCUUACCGCACAGAAGAGGAGGAGGAGGCCAUUUAUUUCACGGCAGACAAACAAUGGGAAGUACAAGACACAGGUUCAGAAUGUGACUCCAUAAAUUCCUCCGUCGGAAGGAAGCAAUCUCCUCCUUCGAGCCUUGAAAUAUAUCAACCCCUGUCGCCUCAAAAAAUAUCACGGGAAGAACUCUCCUUGGAAGAGUCCUCCACUGGAGACUCUUCGUCCUUAACCGCUGACAUUUCCAGGGGUUCUCCUGACUGUGUUGGCAUGACAGAGACUAAAAGUAUGAUCUUCAGUCCAGCAAGUAAGGUCUACAACGGCAUCCUGGAGAAGUCCUGCAGCAUGAACCAGCUCCCGAGUGGCGUCCCGGUCCCCAAACCUCGCCACACCUCGUGUUCGUCCACCAGCAGCGAAAGCAAAGCAGGCCACGAAACGGCUGCUGCCGCCCCUCGGAUAAGCUACACCUCACAGGACCUCUGUCAGAACGGGGAACGAAACAAAAAGUCCUCCAAAAUAAAAAGCCUUUUUAAGAAGAAGUCCAAGUGA